GUGACAACAACAAGCUGCUAUUCCAGAUUAGAGAGAGAGGGACAGAGAAAGUCAGAGACAACAGGGUUGGGGGUGGCUAACUUACCUAUUACAGCCAAAAGUGGGCAUGAGGUUAUUUUUAACCCAGAGUGGGAUGUAUUUAUUGUUUCAGCCCAGGGGAAGCGAAGGACUGCCUCUGAGACACUUCUCACAGCAACAUCGGUGUGAAGCCAUGGCACCCAAGAAAGCCAAGAAGAGGAUUGAAGGUGCUAAUUCCAACGUCUUCUCCAUGUUCGAGCAGGCCCAGAUCCAGGAAUUCAAAGAGGCAUUCACCAUUAUGGAUCAGAACCGGGACGGCUUCAUUGACAAGGCUGAUCUGAGAGACACGUUUGCUGCACUCGGGCGCCUGAAUGUGAAAAAUGAGGAGAUUGAUGAGAUGAUAAAGGAGGCACCCGGUCCAAUCAACUUCACCGUGUUCCUCACCAUGUUUGGGGAGAAACUCAAGGGUGCUGACCCAGAGGAGACGAUCCUGAAUGCGUUCAAGGUGUUCGAUCCAGAGGGGAAAGGCCUGAAAUCUGCCUACAUCAAAGAAAUGCUGAUGACGCAGGGCGAGAGGUUUUCCCAGGAAGAGAUUGAUCAGAUGUUCGCAGCCUUCCCUCCAGACAUAUCUGGCAACCUGGAUUACAAAAACCUUGUCCAUGUCAUUACGCACGGCGAAGAGAAGGACUAGCCCACGCUCAGUGCUGGGGCUGGAACCAUGAGAUUGCCUCUCUCUAGGUCACACGGGGGGGUCCCUUUGCCCCUCCCUCUGGGGAACACAUAAAUGGCAUCUGCAUUAAACUGCCUUUUGAUGAGAGGAAAUCCA